AGUAUUUAUUGGCGUCAGUCUCAAACUCUUAACACAUCGUGCUUCUCAUGCAAACGCUCACUCACUAGUCCUAAAGUUGGGAGUUAACAUCAUGGCUGAAAACGAGGAGUUCAACUUUGAUUAUGAGUUUUUAAACAACUCUUUUGAAAACAUAUCAGACGGGUCUGGAGACUUAGACAUUGAUAUGCCAGAGAUAUGUGACAGAGCAUUUAGCGACAACUUCAACAAAAUCUUCCUACCUACAGUCUAUGGAGUAAUAGCCAUUCUUGGGAUAAUUGGUAAUGGACUAGUUGUUAUAGUCAUGGGCUACCAGAAAAAAGUCAAAACAAUGACGGACAAGUACCGGCUCCAUCUCUCUAUCGCUGACCUCCUGUUUGUUCUCACUCUGCCCUUUUGGGCCGUGGAUGCUGCCAAAAACUGGUACUUUGGAAGUUUCGCCUGUGUGUCUGUGCACAUGAUCUACACCAUCAACCUGUACAGCAGCGUGUUGAUUCUGGCCUUCAUCAGUCUAGACAGAUACUUGGCAGUUGUGCGGGCCACCAACAGCCAAGCCACGAGGAAGCUUCUUGCAAACAGAGUGAUCUAUGUUGGUGUGUGGCUGCCUGCAACCAUACUGACCAUACCUGACAUGGUGUUUGCCAGGGUGCAGAGUGUGAGCUCUUCAAAUAUCUUCUUCAAAGAAGAAAGCGAGGACACAGCAGUCUCCAGGACUAUCUGCCAGCGCAUCUAUCCAGCGGAAAGCAGUGUCAUAUGGACAGUUGUGUUCCGCUUCCAGCACAUCCUGGUGGGCUUUGUUCUGCCCGGUUUGGUCAUCCUCAUCUGCUACUGCAUUAUCAUUACAAAGCUGGCACAAGGCGCAAAGGGCCAGACACUGAAGAAAAAGGCACUGAAGACCACAAUCAUUCUCAUCUUGUGUUUUUUCUGUUGCUGGCUGCCCUACUGUGUCGGCAUCUUUUUGGACAACCUUGUGAUGCUGAAUGUGUUUUCCCCCUCUUGUGAACUGCAGCAAGCACUGGAGAAGUGGAUUUCUGUCACUGAGGCAUUGGCCUAUUUUCACUGCUGCCUAAACCCCAUCCUCUAUGCUUUCUUGGGAGUUAAGUUUAAGAAAUCAGCCAGGAGUGCACUGACAGCGAGCAGCAGAUCAAGUCAGAAAGUGACUCUCAUGACAAAAAAGCGAGGACCAAUUUCAUCUGUGUCAACUGAGUCGGAGUCUUCAAGUGUUUUGUCAAGUUAACUGUCAGCCUCAGAGUCUGUGACUUGAUACUCUCAGGAGAGACAAAACUAAGCUGUAAUUUCAAAGAACUUAAUACAAACUGUACAAAUGUAAAUGAAAGAGUUUUUAUACAUGAAGAUUUUUUUUUUUGUCUUUGUACUGCAAUUGUGUAGCUUUUGUGGUUCUUAUUUUCUGUAUUUUAUUUUCUGUGCCUCAGAGCAGAUUGUGUCCUCAAGCGACGCCUCAUUUCCAUUCAUUCAGCUUUACAAUCAAUAUCCAUUGUCCCGGUUUUUAUCUUGCACCCUUUGAUGCUGAAUCAAAGCUCAGACGCACAGUUCCCUUUCUGUUUUUAGAACCAGUAGCUGCAUUUGUGUGUUUGCACUUAAUUUAGUGCGAUUAUCUGAAAGCUAUAAUUUAUUCCUGUCGUUCACACUGGAGUUUUGUAAAAUAAUUUUGUAAAAAAAAAACUACGAGAUGCUUUUUCUUUUUUUUUUUUUUUUUUGU